AUGGCACCGUUGACGAUCCUUGUUGCUUCAUACACUGACUCGAUCUACACGCUGUCCUUUGAUCCAACACCAUUGACAGGAUCUCCGACACUUGAGCUCCUCGCUCGAACGCCCGUUGGGCACCAUCCGUCAUGGAUCGCAUCUCAUCCGUCCGAUAAAUCCCUCAUAUAUACAGGGCUCGAACAGGCAGAUGGAGAGGUCGUCGCGAUCAAGUAUGGAAGGGAUGAAACCGUCGAGGGAGGAGACGUGGUGGCCAGGGCCAAGAGUGGUGGUGCAGACCCUUGCACCCUUCUUGUCACGGAAGAUGAGCUUAUCAUUGGAAAUUACUCCUCGGGCACAAUCGCGACCCUUCCGAUAUCAACAUCUGUCCCUUACAUACUCUCACCAAACCCAUGGACGCUUUCUAUGCCCUUUGAGCAUCAUGUAGGACGAAACAAAGCUCGUCAAUCAUCAUCCCACCCCCAUCAGAUCAUCUUCAAUCCACUGAACCAAACGGAGAAAGAGCUCCUGGUCCCAGAUUUGGGUGCAGAUAAGGUCUGGAGACUCACCAAACAAAGCGACGGCAAGUGGACAAUUUGUGGUUAUAUCGACUUCGAAGCAGGGGGUGGCCCACGACAUGUCGCAGCUCGAGGAACCACCCUUUACACGCUGCUGGAGCUCACCUCAAAGCUUGCUGUACACACAUUCCCUCCGCUUCCAGCGCCUCCAAUUCCUCUUACAUCUCUGUUCACUCUUUCUGCGUUACCGAUACCGGAUACCAUGAUCGCAGCAGAGAUUCUACUACCCGAACCAAACGCAUCCUUCCCUGAAACAUUCAUCUACACGUCGAACAGAAAUGACCCUCAUGCAGAGGGUGAUACUAUUGCAAUAUUCUCUCUUGCCGCCGGAGAGGGCCAGCCAGAGCUUGUGAACGAAGUGCGUACGGGGCUAAACCAUGUCCGGGCUAUGGCGUUUGGAGGUGACGAAGAUAAGUAUCUGGUUGUGGGUGGUGCAGAAGGUGGUAGAGUGAAGGUAUUUGAAAGGAUUGAUGGUGGCAAGGGACUUGAAGAAAUCGCGAAGCUCGGUGCAGGCGUUGUAGGAUGUCCCACUGGCUUCUUGUGGUAUUGA